AGGGUUGCGCUCCAUUGACUGUUCGGAACACCCCGCACAUGUGCAAAGUCAAAGGAGUUCAAAAAUACACUGUUCUCGGACUGUUCUCUCUGUCCACGUGCGAGAGGUAGUGCAGUCAGAAUUCAACAUGGCGACUAAUGCGCAAAACAGAGCCACGCUCUUUGAAUGUGAUACAUGUCACCGCCUUUUCCGAGACAUGGAGGAGUUUGCAAACCAUGCAUGUGAUGAUCCCGGUAGUGGUGGAUAUGAUGUUCAGACGCUUCAGCUGGAGGAUGAAAGCCUAGAUCUGGAAGGAGAAGAUGGGAGGCCCAUUGAGAUUGCCCCAGACUCGUCAGUUCUUUGGACUAGACCUGCAACACUUCUAUUAAUCAGCCAAUAUAGGGAGAAUGAGGAGUUGGUUACAAGUGGGAAGUUAAGAAAGAAAGCCUUAUGGAACAAAAUUGCCAAAGUACUAAGAGAAAAGGGAAACUGUAACUUUAGUGCAGUGCAGGUGGAAGGGAGGUCGAAGACUUUGAUGAGAGGUUUGAAGAAUGUUAAAGAUCACAACAAAAAAAGUGGGGCAGAAAGAAGAAAUCACCCUUAUGAGGAAGAAUUAGAGUUCAUGGCAGCCAAGCCUAAUGUUCAACCAGAAUGUGUUGUUGGAACAGAGAACAAGUCGAGCCCAGAAACCAAAUCAAGCAAAGAAGAAAGUGACUCAGGUAGGCCUGACACUCCUACAACUUCUACUAAGAGAAAAUGCGUGUCUCCUGAAAAGUUAAAUCAAAGUUCAAAAAGACGCCGCACAAAUGAUGUUCUAGAUAGCUUUGAACAAAUCAUGAAGAAUGAAAGUCAGCGUUUUGAAGAACAAGUGGAAAGGAGACACCGUGAAAAGAUGGAAAUGUUCGGAAAUUUUUUGGAAAUUCUAAAAUCAAGCCAAACAAAAUAGUUUAAACAUGAUAAGAUUGAAUUUCAAUUCAUGCAUUUUAUACAAAUAUGCUUUAUAUUUCAUUUAUAGACGAGUGCAAGAUAUGCAUGGAGGAUGGGAAAAUUGCAGAAACUGUAUUUGUUCCAUGUGGACAUCUGAUAGCAUGUGUGAAAUGUGCAUCAAAUCUUGCUGGUAAUAAAUGUCCUAUGUGUAGGAAGCAAAUCAGC